GCCUGUGGGGUUGGCAGUUCUUUAAGUUUAGCUAGUCUGCAAAUAACUACAGAACAUAAUAGAGUCCUCCUCCCUUCCUCUCUCUCUCUUUCUUUUUUUUUUUUCUUUUCCUGCUUCCAAACGCCUUCUUCGAGGCUGAAGCCGGGCAGGUCUCCAAAGGUGCAGCAGCCACAACAAUCCCGCAGUUCAAAGUUAAGCAGCAGUUGCACAACUUCCAGCAACUUUCUCAGCCGGCUACUAAUGAGCUGAAAGCCAGGAACAUUCGAGGAGAAGAGAAAGCUUCCAGCCCUCCUCCCUUUACCCUGGAAAUCCAGACACCCCCACCCCUACCCCCAGAUCGCUUUAAGAUAAUUUCUUUAUUCAUUUGCCCGACAGACCAUGGCUCCCUUUGGAAGAAACUUGCUAAAGACUCGGCAUAAAAACAGAUCUCCAACUAAAGACAUGGAUUCAGAAGAGAAGGAAAUUGUGGUUUGGGUUUGCCAAGAAGAGAAGAUAGUCUGUGGGCUGACUAAACGCACCACCUCUGCUGAUGUCAUCCAGGCUUUGCUUGAGGAACAUGAGGCUACGUUUGGAGAGAAACGAUUUCUUCUGGGGAAGCCCAGUGAUUACUGCAUCAUAGAGAAGUGGAGAGGCUCAGAACGGGUUCUUCCUCCACUAACUAGAAUCCUGAAGCUUUGGAAAGCAUGGGGAGAUGAGCAGCCUAAUAUGCAAUUUGUUUUGGUUAAAGCAGAUGCUUUUCUUCCAGUUCCUUUGUGGCGGACAGCUGAAGCCAAAUUAGUGCAAAACACAGAAAAAAUGUGGGAGCUCAGCCCAGCAAACUACAUGAAGACAUUACCACCAGAUAAACAAAAAAGAAUAGUUAGAAAAACUUUCCGGAAACUGGCUAAAAUUAAGCAGGACACAGUUUCUCAUGAGCGAGAUAAUAUGGAGACAUUAGUUCAUCUCAUCAUUUCCCAGGACCAUACUAUUCAUCAGCAAGUCAAGAGAAUGAAAGAGCUGGAUCUGGAAAUUGAAAAGUGUGAAGCUAAGUUCCAUCUUGAUCGGGUAGAAAAUGAUGGAGAAAACUACGUUCAGGAUGCAUAUUUAAUGCCCAGUUUCAGUGAAGUUGAGCAAAAUCUAGACUUGCAGUAUGAGGAAAACCAGACUCUGGAGGACCUGAGCGAAAGUGAUGGAAUUGAACAGCUGGAAGAACGACUGAAAUAUUACCGAAUACUCAUUGAUAAGCUCUCUGUUGAAAUAGAAAAAGAGGUAAAAAGUGUUUGCAUUGAUACAAACGAAGAUGCGGAAGGGGCAGUUGCAAGUGAACUGGAAAGCUCUAAUUUAGAGAGUGUUAAGUGUGAUUUGGAGAAAAGCAUGAAAGCUGGUUUGAAAAUUCACUCUCAUUUGAGUGGCAUCCAGAAAGAGAUUAAAUACAGUGACUCAUUGCUUCAGAUGAAAGAAAAAGAAUAUGAACUCCUGGCCAAGGAAUUCAAUUCACUUCAUAUUAACAACAAAGAUGGGUGCCAGUUAAAGGAAAACAGAGUGAAGGAAUCUGAGGUUUCCAGUAGCAAUGGGGAGAUUCCUCCCUUUACUCAAAGAGUAUUUAGCAAUUACACAAAUGACACAGACUCGGACACUGGUAUCAGUUCUAACCACAGUCAGGACUCCGAAACAACCAUGGGAGAUGUGGUGCUGUUGUCUACAUAGUCCCAAUGCCUUCUUUCUGACCUGCUUUCAUCUUUUAAUGUUUGUUUAAUUUAAUAGGAGACAUUAUUUUAAAUAUAACACUCUGAAAAAAAUGUAAAUCAUAUUAUAGUAUUCAAUAGUUAAUAAAAACUAGAGAAAUGUGUUGUUUUUGA